UUUUUAUUUUUUAUUUUUUGGUACUUUUGCAGGGCAAGGGUGCGCAGGCGCAGUGGAGGCGUUCUCCAGUAGGAGUAGUCGUCGCGUAUUAAGUUGCAGCUCUAUGUCCCAGGAGAGGAAGCUAGAGAACUGAGCGUCCGGUCACCAACUUGCUCUUUAGGAGAUCUACUGAACCAGAAAAGUUUGUGAACAGAGCUUCCUGAGUUUUGGAAGACCGAGGCUGGCAGCGUAGGGACACAGAGGAGGCUGGAGGGAGCUUCCUCCAUGGAGCCUACUCAGGUUGCAGAGAACCUCAUCCCAAACCAGCAACCUCCUGUUCCUGACCUAGAGGAUCCUGAGGACAACAGAGAUGAGUCCCCAGAGAACUCAGACACUGUCGUCCUCAGUCUGUUCCCCUGCACCCCAGAUGCUGUGAAUCCCGAAGCAGAUGCCAGUGCAUCCUCACUGCAGGGAAGUUUCCUGAAGCACUCCACAACCCUCACAAACCGGCAACGUGGGAAUGAGGUCUCAGCUCUGCCAGCCACCCUGGACUCCCUCUCCAUCCACCAGCUUGCAGCCCAAGGGGAGCUGAGCCAACUGAAGGAUCAUCUGCGGAAGGGGAACAACCUGAUCAACAAACCGGAUGAGCGUGGCUUCACCCCCCUCAUCUGGGCCUCAGCCUUUGGAGAAAUUGAGACAGUUCGCUUCUUGCUAGACUGGGGUGCUGACCCCCACAUCCUGGCCAAGGAGCGGGAGAGUGCACUGUCACUUGCCAGUAUGGGUGGCUACACGGACAUCGUGAGGUUGCUGCUUGACCGUGACGUGGACAUCAACAUCUAUGACUGGAAUGGAGGAACACCACUGCUCUAUGCUGUGCGUGGGAACCACGUGAAGUGUGUGGAGGCCUUACUGGCACGGGGUGCUGACCUCACCACAGAGGCUGACUCUGGCUACACCCCAAUGGAUCUUGCAGUGGCGCUGGGAUACCGCAAAGUGCAACAGGUGAUGGAGAGCCACAUCCUCAGAUUGUUCCAGAGCACCCUGGGGCCUGUGGACCCCGAGUGAAGACAGCCUGCUGGGAACCCAGGCACUCAGGGACAGUCAGCCCACAACUGGCUGGAAAGGCAGCUCCUGGACAGUGGUGGGAAGGGCCCUCCGCAACAGGAACCAAUAAAUCUGUGCAGAACUUGAAGGCCUUCAGGGUGCCUCCCAGGGGGGCUUCCUGGAGGAAUAGCCGCUUCUCACCCUGCCUUCUCACCCAGCACCCGCAGGUGGUAGAUGACUACUCGGCCAAAAAAGUCGGUGGUGUCCUCAAAAGUCAACUUCAGUCGGUCCACCUCCAUUGUGGGGAUGGAGAAGGUGUGACUUCUUGCAGUCAAGGAAAUGGCAGUUUUAUCUCUGACCCAUCAGGCCCUACCUUCCCAGUCCAGAGACCACCCGAUGGGCCACGGACUAAAGGCUCUUGAUUCUUGAUGCCUCUCAUACCCAGCAAGAAAUCAAUAGCACCUUCUUUUCUUUCUCUUUUAAAUAUGAGGGUCUCAGGUAACCCAGGCUGGCCUCAAACUGUGUAGUUGAGGCUGACCUUGAACUCCUGAUCUUCCUGCAGCCCCUCCAGGGCACUAAAGCACAGAGAAGCAGUUCCUACGCCUGCCGAGGAGGUCAAACCUUUGAUUCUUUUGAGACAGGGUCUGGUCCAAGCUGGCCUGGCAUUCUGGAUCCUUCUGCCUCAGCCUCCCCAGUGCCAUUACCACCACACCCAAAGACCUGAAGCUUGUAGAAAACCAGAUCCCUCCCACCACAAGACAGGCAGGAUAUCUGAAGGGCAUUGGUGUCCUCAGGAUAGAAAUCUAUAAUCUUGCUGAGUGCCUCCCCACCCCGUGAACCUGCAAUGGAGAAAUGGGCUAAGAAUCCAGGAAACCGUGUGGACACCCCACCUCUCAGCUUUUCUAGUACCUUCCAGGCGGCUGUGGCGACUGGAGAAGCCACCCUGGAACUGCACCUGCAGCUGUGUGAUCUGAACACACUGGGGAAACUCGAGUGACACCCACUGGGAGGGGCCCUGGAAGCAGAGGGAUAAACUGAGGCACUUGGUAACUGCAAGGUUAGGGCCCUAUGAUGUUCUGUUCAUCUUUUUUUUUUCUCAAGACAGGGUUUCUCUGUAUAGCCCUGGCUGUCCUGGAACUCACUUUGUAGACCAGGCUGGCCUCGAACUCAGAGAUCCACCUGCCUCUGCCUCCCAAGUGCUGGGAUUAAAGGUGUGCGCCACCAC